UACGCUGACGCAAUCACUUUGUUGAUUUUAAUCAAUUAACCUUACGUGGUCGUUUUAAGUGUGUGGGAAGAAAAAUGGAAUACUGAGGAAAAUUUAUGAACAUCGGGGUGGGGGGGAGAACAUGCAAAUUCCACAUAGAGCUGACCAUAUCCAGACUGUGUUUCAAACCGAAGGCCGACCUCUGCGCCGCCAAGCAUCCGGCUGAUGAAAACGUUUUAUUAAAGCCAACAGACCUUGUUUACGGGGAUUUCCAGCAGUUGGUAGGUGCCGGCUACACUCAGACGCGGACAGGAAUUUCCUGAAGGGCGAGGAAACGGGAACAGAGAAUAGACGGGCGGCCUCGAAACUAAAGACACCGGAGACCUCCGAAGUGCUUGUCUCGAGUGAUCAAUUGUCCGUCAACUUCAUAGAGCGACGCCGAAAUGGCCGUAAAAAGUCUUCUUAUUGCCACCUUGUUCUUAUGUCACCUGCUCGAAGGAGGGGCUUCUACAGCUGCCCCAAAAGUCCAGAUUUACAGCCACUACCCGGGAGUGUACGGGCAAGAAAAUGUCCUCAUCUGCCACGUUAGCGGGUUCCAUCCCCCCAAUAUUAAAAUUCACCUGAUGAAGGGCAAAGUUCCGAUUCCUAACACGACCACCACUGACCUGCAGUUCAACCGGGACUGGCGAUUCCAGCUGACGCAGAGUGUCCGCUUCACGCCACAGAAAGGGCACAGCUACUCCUGCAUGGUGGAGCACAGCAGCCUCGACCACUCCAAAACGGUCACCUGGGAUCCUGAAGUGUAAAAUGGACCAAGCGGUGACUGGCAAAAUGGUUUGGUGAACCUGCAAAUCGUAACAGACUGGAUAUAUGGAGUAUGGAGCGGAGAAGAAAGAAACAAGUGGAGUGUGCAGUUUUCAUUUCUUUUCUACACCUUUGUUUAGUGUUGAUGCCAUCUGUCCUCAUGAAUCUGAUGUCAGUAACUUUGUUAGCAGGUUGGCUAGCUGUAAAGCCUAGAGACUGAUUUACUUGAGGUGGUCAGAUUUGCUUCGGUGCAGUGACAAAAUGGGAAGCAGGGAAAUCUGUAUUAUUGAU